GGGAGACAGGAAGUCCAGAGAACCCUGAUCUUGUUUGGCUUGCACAGGAGAUUUCACAGUUUUCUCACCUGAAAAAUGGGGAUUCUGAUUUUUGUCUGAGAUUGUGAAGGGAUGAGACUGUUCUAAAGAUUAUCUGUGUGUUCUUUGGAAGUUUGGGUUCUCAGGCUGGUCAGGGCUGCGGAAGGAAGGACACUUAAGCCUGGGAUGUUGAGAGCCUGUGGAUCUGAAGCCCCAGAGCCCUCACCUCAGGAUGGGAUUAUGGUGGGGCCUGAGAAUCUGCAGACUGAACCCAAACAGGUCCUUAGCAGUGUGGAGUGAAUUAUGUCCCCACCUGUCACUCUUCUGAGCUGGGGGCUUGAAGGGUGCUCAGGAAGGUAACUGGCCUUGUCAUCCUUUCCUUCUAGCCAGUGUGAUUCAAAACUGACCUUGAAAAAGAAAAGAAAGGAAAAAACCAGGAGCAGGCCUGGCAGCCUCCUUUUGACAGACCUCAGUGCCCCACAUCUCAGGUCUGCUCUGGUACCCCACAUCUCCCGUCUCCAUUCUGUCCUGGGUGCUGCUGGUGAUGAUCCUGAUGCAGACGCCCAUGUAGGUGGCCUGUCAUUGUCAACUGGGCCACUAGAGUUCUCAGAGUUUUUGCGGAAUGUUGUUGGUUGGACAAAACCAUAUCAUUCCUGGCUUGGUGAAGAUGCCAGAUGAGGAACUUGGAGGAUGGUGCCCAUGGUGGAGCUUCAUCCUUUGUGGGUGUCAGGCCUCCGGAACGCCCCUCGUUGCUGGGCAGUGAUCCAGCCCCUGCUGUGUGCUGUGUACAUGCCCAAGUGUGAGAACGACCGAGUGGAGCUGCCCAGCCGCACCCUCUGCCAAGCCACCCGAGGACCCUGUGCCAUCGUGGAGAGAGAGCGGGGCUGGCCUGACUUCCUGCGCUGCACCCCCGACCACUUCCCUGAGGGUUGCCCGAACGAGGUGCAGAACAUCAAGUUCAAUAGUUCGGGCCAGUGUGAGGCUCCUUUGGUUCGGACUGACAACCCCAAGAGCUGGUAUGAGGACGUGGAGGGCUGCGGGAUCCAGUGCCAGAACCCGCUCUUCACCGAGGCCGAGCACCAGGACAUGCACAGCUACAUCGCGGCCUUUGGGGCCGUCACAGGCCUCUGCACGCUCUUCACCCUGGCCACUUUCGUGGCUGACUGGCGGAAUUCGAAUCGCUACCCUGCAGUCAUUCUCUUCUACGUCAAUGCGUGUUUCUUUGUGGGCAGCAUUGGCUGGCUGGCCCAGUUCAUGGACGGUGCCCGCCGGGAGAUUGUCUGCCGUGCAGAUGGCACCAUGAGGCUUGGGGAGCCCACUUCCAACGAGACCCUGUCCUGCGUCAUCAUCUUUGUGAUUGUGUACUACGCCCUGAUGGCUGGCGUCGUCUGGUUUGUGGUCCUCACCUAUGCCUGGCACACCUCCUUCAAAGCCCUGGGCACCACCUACCAGCCUCUCUCUGGCAAGACCUCCUACUUCCACCUGCUCACGUGGUCACUCCCGUUUGUCCUCACUGUGGCAAUCCUUGCUGUGGCUCAGGUGGAUGGGGACUCCGUGAGCGGCAUCUGUUUUGUGGGCUACAAGAACUACCGAUACCGUGCUGGCUUCGUGCUGGCCCCAAUUGGCCUGGUGCUCAUUGUGGGAGGUUACUUUCUCAUCCGAGGAGUCAUGACUCUGUUCUCCAUCAAGAGCAACCACCCCGGGCUACUGAGCGAGAAGGCUGCCAGCAAAAUCAAUGAGACCAUGCUGCGCCUAGGCAUUUUUGGCUUCCUGGCCUUUGGCUUUGUGCUCAUCACCUUCAGUUGCCACUUCUAUGACUUCUUCAACCAGGCUGAGUGGGAGCGCAGCUUCCGGGACUACGUGCUGUGCCAGGCCAAUGUAACCAUCGGGCUGCCCACCAAGAAGCCCAUCCCUGACUGUGAGAUCAAGAAUCGCCCUAGCCUCUUGGUGGAGAAAAUCAACCUGUUUGCCAUGUUUGGAACCGGCAUUGCCAUGAGCACCUGGGUCUGGACCAAGGCCACGCUGCUCAUCUGGAGACGCACCUGGUGCAGGUUAACUGGACAGAGUGAUGAUGAGCCCAAACGCAUCAAGAAGAGCAAGAUGAUUGCCAAGGCUUUCUCCAAGCGGCGCGAGCUGCUGCAGAACCCAGGCCAGGAGCUCUCCUUCAGCAUGCACACCGUCUCCCAUGAUGGGCCUGUGGCGGGUUUGGCCUUUGACCUCAAUGAGCCCUCUGCCGAUGUGUCCUCUGCCUGGGCUCAGCAUGUCACCAAGAUGGUGGCUCGGAGAGGAGCCAUACUGCCCCAGGAUGUGUCUGUCACCCCUGUGGCAACUCCAGUGCCCCCAGAGGAAAAAGCCAACCUAUGGCUGGUUGAGGCCGAGAUCUCCCCAGAGCUGGAGAAGCGCCUGGGCCGCAAAAAGAAGCGGAGGAAGAGGAAGAAAGAGGUGUGCCCGCUGGUGCCACCCACCGAGCUUCACCACCCCACCCCUGCAUCUACCGCCAGCGCCAGUGCUGUUCCUCGACUGCCACAGUUGCCCCGGCAGAAAUGCCUGGUGGCCACAGGCGCCUGGGGAGCUGGGGAAUCCUGCCGACAGAGAGCCUGGACCCUGGUCUCCAACCCCUUCUGCCCAGAGCCCAGUCCCCUGCAGGAUCCGUUUCUGCCUGGCACCCCAGCCCCCAUGGCCUGGGCCCAGGGCCGCAGGCAGGGACUGGGGCCCAUUCACUCCCGCACCAACCUGAUGGAGGCGGAGCUCAUGGAUGCAGACUCAGACUUCUAAGCCAAGAGAGCAGGACCUGGAACAGUAAACAAACAAACAAAAACACAUUCUGAGGCUUGUCUUCCUCCGUGAGAGUGCUUCCCCAGGAUCUCAUCUUCUGGAGAACCUGAGAGCCCAGUGCCCUCCCAGGAUGGUUCUAUAUGUCUGGGUUAUGGCAGAACUGUGGGAAAGAGCCUUGACAAAUCCAUGGGUGGGCCUCACCCAGCGAACAGCCCUGAGCUCCAGGGCCCUGUUUCUGCCCCACCAGCUGGAGUCUGGCUGGCAGCCCCAGUCUGCAACAAGGUUAUGGGGCAUGCAGAGUUUCUGGUGGGGCGGUAAUGGUGAAGGUAAGAGUGACAGUACCCGGAAUGGGCUUUGGUGGCCAGGGAGGCAGCCAAACCCAUGUCUGGCACAUGAGGGCUGGCUGCCCUUUUCUGUACUAACUGGUGCCAGGAAAGGGCACCCUGAGACCAAAAGUGUUUAUUGUAUCAUUAGCCCUUUGUCUAAGUGGGAACAGGGCUCCCUUCUCCCUCUUCCAGGUGGUUGUGGGGCUAGGAGUGCCUACUCCUAGAAGGGCUAUAAUCUCUUUUUACUGAUGUCCAGCUGGCCCCACCCCAGCCAGUAACCCAGCCCAUGUUCUCCUGCACUCUCCUUCCCUUUCCCAUUUCAGUUCAACCAGGCCAACCUCUUCCUGUUUCCUGUUUGUUGAUUAGGACCCAGAACUGCAGUCUCUCCAUCCCACCUCCACUCCUGUUGCUGGACUCCAUCUCCAAGAAAGAGAUUGGUUCAGCUACAGAGCCUGGCGUGCUAUAGAAGCAGUGAGUGGUGGGGAGUCUUUGGGUCUCCGAGACACAUUGUCUCUUCCUGUAUCCAUCCAGUGGGGGAUGGAUCCUCUGACUUGAGGGGCUACCCUGGGAAGCUACUGGAGCUUCCGGCAGGCAGGAAAGCUUCCUUCAACUUCCACAACUGGUGGGUGAAGAGAUUUCUGACCUCUUAGAGGCCUCCUCCAUGUCCCCAAGGCCCCACUUUCAAGAACCAGGCAGCAGGAAGUCUUAGGAGCUGGCUGGGUUCCAGAUCAAUAGGGAUGGGGAGAAGAAAUAUAAACAGUAAAUAAAAGGUUUUUGUAUAAACUCCUGGUGUGCUUCUUUUCCAUAGGCCCCAGUUGCCAUCAAACUGUUUACCUGGUCUUGAUCUCAUUUGUGUUCCACUCCCUCCUCAGGCUAUCCUGAAAGGCCAAGAGAUUGGUGCUGAGGUCAUGACUGACAGAUGUGCUGGCUGCCCUUCCUGACUAGUUGGCUCUAUAAGGACAAAACUCUUCUUUGGCACAGCUGCUUCACUGUGCACUGAUCUAAGAUGAAUGAUUAUGAACACACAGCUUGCCUCUGAAAUGACUAUUGGAAGCAAGCGCCCCCUGCUAGUGCAGAUGAGCAUGGAUCCUUGUGGCAAUCCUGGGCCCCACCUCUGGGGACCUCUUGCCUUCUACAAGGGAUGUCAGGGGGACCAAGUGCAUUCUGAUGCGUAACUUCCUCUCCUGGGCAGUCAAAGGAAUUCAGACUUCCCUGAGGGAAGCCUGUUAGCCCCACUUCCUCCAGAAAAAUGUCAGCAGAAGACUGGGAACUAACUGGGUUGCAAGGACUCAAGAUCAUGUGGAAAGGAGAUCUGUGGAAGAAAGGGAGUGAUACCCACAUACUGGGAAGGUAUUGUGGAGUAUUGACCAGACUUGUUUGGAUUGUCGCUCACAUGAUGGGGGCAUAAGCAUUUUACCCAGAGCCAGAUUGCAGAGGAAGGGGAACUAACUUUACUGAUCUCAUCAUAUUCUAGGUGCUUUACAUGUGUAUUAUUAAAACAAUAAUAACAGCUAACUCUUUCUUCUUGAAUGCUUGCUAGGCUCUCUAGCAAGUACUUCUCAUGCAUUAACUCAAAUCUCACAACAGACCUUUGGGGUACUGUUAACACCCCCAAGGUUCUGAGACACAGAAAGUUUCGAUAGUUUGCCCAAGGCCACACAGUAAGUAGUAAUGCUUGGAUUCCAUUCCAACUCUGGCUCCAGAGUUGGUUCUUGGGCACUGAGGGCUGCCUCUUAAUUCAGAGGGAUCACAGGAGCUAGUCUUUUUUUCUAGAAACAAGCUCAGUGAAUCAAAAUGACCUGCUGUCAACCUCACAGCUAGUAAGUGACAGACACCGGGCCAGGGUCUUCCUGACUGAAUCCAAACUCUCCACUCUGACUGUUGACUUGUCCUUUUACCCAAGUUUCCUGUAUUGUGUUCCCUCUGGCCACACUGUAGCCCUUGUUUACCUUGAUUACUCUGCCCAUCACUAUCUCUCAGUGGUAGUAUAGCUACUGUUUAACCAUCAAUAGGAUUCAAAACAAUAAAAUUUAACAGUGUUGUCUAAUGAUCUCUGAAA